ACUGCUCGGCUGUUUCCGUGCCUUUCCGCCGGUGCUCGGCCGCUGCUACGUUGCCUUGCCGACGUUUAUAGCGCGCAAAGCACGACGGGAGAAUAAUUAGUGCGCAUGCCUGUACCAUUCCUGAAAGAAGAAGGACUGUUUUGAUCUAUCUUGUGUUUUGUCGCUUUAUAGUUCGUGUCAGACAAGUCAUGUGCUGAUCCUAAAGAUGAAGCGGGUGUUUGGACUUCCAGAAAAGGCUCAUGGCCCGGGACAGCUGACCUUCUGCUGGCAGAAAACUCUCGGCAACUACAUCGCUACAACAGGAGCGGACCACGUGGUGCGGCUGUAUGACAGGCAUGGAGAACUGCAGGAUGAGAUCAGCCUUCCAGGACUGUGUGGUGGUAUGGACUGGGAUAAGGAUGGGGACACCCUGGCCAUCAUCAAUGAUAAGUCAGGAGUGGUGUUCCUGUGGGACGCCAACACCAACAGAACAACCCAGCUGGACAGUGGGCUCAGGGACCAACUUACCUUUGUUUCCUGGUCCAAAAUAUCACCACUGCUGGCAAUAGGAACAGCCAAAGGGAACCUCCUGUUGUACAACCACCAAACAUCCAGGAAAGUGCCGAUCCUUGGAAAGCACACCAAGAAAAUCAGCUGUGGCUGUUGGAGCCAACAGAACCUGCUGGCCCUGGCUAGUGAAGAACCUCCAUCAGAGCAGACCCUGUGGACCUGCAGUUCUCUGAGAUGAAGACAGAUGAAAGGAGUCCAAGUGGGGAGAACACAGUUAGUGUUGUGUUGGGGAAGAAGACAUUGUUCCUGUUCAACAUCAACGAUCCUGACAACCCCAUUGAGCUUGCCUUCCAGCCGCGCUAUGGCAACAUUGUUACAUACAAAUGGUAUGGAGAUGGUUACAUCAUGAUUGGGUUCUCCCAUGGGUUCUUCAUUGUCAUCUCUACACAUAUGAAAGAGAUAGGACAGGAACUGUUCCAGGCUCGGAACCACAAGGACUCGCUGAACUACAUCGCUGUGUCGGUGUCCCUGAACAAGGCUGCAUCAUGUGGGGAUAACUGUGUGAAGAUCCACGACCUGUCUGAACUGAAGGAAGUGUAUGCCAUUAUAACCUUGGAAGAAGAGCAGAAGGGGCUGGACAAGCUGCAGUGGGCAGAUGAUGGUCAGUUGCUGGCCGUGUCCAGCCAGCGCGGAGGGCUGCACGUCUACCUGACCAAACUGCCCAUGCUGAGUGACACCAACGGCACACGUGUGGCCUUCCUGACCUCACUACUGGAGGUCACCAUAACCAAUGGAUAUGAGCAGGAGCCCACAGUAUCCAUCAGUAUAGAGGUGGAGCCUACAUUUCUGGCCUUGGGACCGUACCACAUGGCUGCAGGGAUGAACAACCGGGCAUGGUUCUAUGUUCUAGGAGACAAAGGCCCUGAGAAGCUGAAGGACAAAGAGUACCUUGGAACCAUCACCAGUAUGAAGUUAAAUGCUGACUAUGCUGCUGUCAUGUUUGAAGGGAAGGUACAGCUGCACUUGGUGGAGACCGAGGGAAUGGAGGUAAAUGAAGAGAGAGAAGCCAAACUCUUUCCUGACAAAGAUGGCAACAGUCGCAUCACCUGUCACGACCUCACCAACGACUUCUUCAUCUAUGGAACUGAUACUGGAAGUCUGCACUUCUUUUUGAUUGAGGACUGGAACAUAGUGAACGAGUACCGUCAUGUGGUGGGGAUCAAGAAACUGUUCCCCGACAGCGGAGGCACACGACUGGUCUUCAUAGACGACAAGACUGACGGCUUCGUCUACAACCCUGUGAAUGAUCACUGUGUGGAGAUCCCUAACUUCCCCCCUGCAGUGCGAGGGGUCCUGUGGGAGCAGUGGACCUUUGAUAAGUGCGUGUUUGUAGUGUACGACGAGGAAAAACUCUACACCUAUGCUUACAGCAGAGCUUCUAUCAAAGGCCCUGCGAUUUCCUUUGCUGGCACGACCAAGCUCCCCUAUGGACAGCUGCCCAUCCUGCUGUACAAUGGUGAGGUGACCUGUCAGACCCAGGGCGGUCGCCUCACCUCCUUCGUGCUGGAGACACACAGCUUCCACGACAUAGAACGACUUCAGGAGCAGCCUCAGUCUGAGGUCAAAUCAUCCCUGGACCAGUGCUUAAGCUUGAAAAGAUACAAGGAAGCCUGGGGCCUUUGUAUGUUCCUGAAUGAGCCUGAAAGUUGGAAGAAGCUGGGCCAGGCAUCACUGGAGAAGCUGGAGUUGGAGUACUCCAUCCGGGUGUUCAGGGAGCUGGGGGAUGCUGGGCUGGUCUGGUCGCUGGAGAGAAUCAAGAACACAGAGGAUGAGAACCUGCUGGCUGGCCAUGUGGCCAUGUUCCUGGAGGACUUCAACACUGCCCAGGAGCUGUACCUGGCCUCCAGCAGUCCUGUUGCUGCACUGGAUAUGAGGCGAGAUCUGCUCCAUUGGGACCAGGCCCUGCAGCUGGCCAAACGGCUGGCUCCUGACCAGAUCCCCUACAUCUCCAAGGAAUAUGCACAGCAGAUGGAGUUCACUGGUGACUACAGCAAUGCAUUGGCCCAUUAUGAAAAAGGAAUCACCCGGAUACCAGAGUACCGUGACCAUGAUGAGGCCUGUGCUGCUGGUAUUGCUAGAAUGUCCAUCAGAAUGGGAGAUAUCAGAAAAGGGGUCAGUCUGGCCAUGAAGAUGCCCAGUAGAACUCUGAAGAAGGACUGUGCUGCCAUUUUGGAAAAUAUGAAGCAAUAUUCCGAAUCAGCAGUCCUGUAUGAGAAGGGUGGGUACUUUGAUAAGGCUGCAUCUGUCUACAUCCGCAGCAAGAACUGGGCUAAAGUUGGAGAACUUCUGCCUAAAGUCAGCUCCCCCAAAAUCCAUGCGCAGUAUGCCAAGGCCAAGGAAGCUGAGGGCCGCUACAAGGAGGCCGCACUGGCUUAUGAAAGUGCUAAGGACUACGAUAACGUCAUCAGGAUCCAGCUAGAUCAUCUCCAGAACCCUGAGGAGGCUGUGAAGAUCAUCAGGGAAACCAACUCUGUGGAGGGGGCCAAGAUGGUGGCCAGGUUCUUCCAGAGGCUGAAUGACUUUGGAUCAGCCAUCCAGUUCCUGGUGAUGUCCAAAUGCAAUGAUGAAGCCUUCCAGAUAGCACAGCAGCAUGGGCAGAUGGAGGUGUAUGCUGAUAUCAUAGGCCCUGAUGCCACCAACGAUGAUUAUCAGAGCAUCGCCCUCUACUUUGAGAAUGAGAGAAACCACUUCUUGGCAGGGAAGUUCUUCUACCUGUGUGGGCAAUAUGGCAGGGCCCUGAAACACUUCCUGAAGUGUCCAUCAGGAGAUGACAGCCAGGCUAUAGAGAUGGCCAUAGAAACGGUUGGAGCUGCAAAUGAUGACACCCUAACUCAUCAACUUAUUGACUACCUGAUGGGAGAAACAGAUGGCAUGCCUAAGGAUGCCAAGUACCUGUUCCGACUCUACAUGGCGCUGAAGCAGUUUCGGGAGGCAGCCAGGACUGCCAUCAUUAUUGCAAGGGAGGAACAAAAUGCUGGGAACUACCGUAAUGCCCAUGAUGUGCUGUUCAGCAUGUACACGGAGUUACGCAGUCACCAGAUCCGGAUCCCCUCCGAGAUGGCAACUAACCUGCUGAUCCUGCACAGCUACAUCCUAGUCAAGAUCCAUGUGAAGAAAGGAGAUCAUAAGAAAGGAGCCCGACUGCUGAUAAGAGUGGCGAACAACAUCAGCAAGUUCCCUUCUCACAUUGUCCCAAUCCUGACUUCUACUGUGAUUGAAUGCCAUCGGUCAGGACUACGUAACUCGUCCUUCAGCUAUGCUGCCAUGUUGAUGAGACCAGAAUAUCGGAACCAGAUUGACCUGAAGUAUAAGAAGAAAAUCGAGGCUAUUGUCAGGAAACCCGAUAAGACAGAGGAAGAGGAGCCUACUGCUCCAUGUCCUUUCUGUGACUAUGCCCUGCCUGAGAUGGAGCUGGUGUGCCCAGAGUGCAAGAACAACAUCCCCUACUGCAUCAUCACUGGGCGCCAUCUGGUGAAGGACAACUGGACUGCAUGCCCCAGCUGUGACUUCCCUGCUCUUUUCUCAGAAUUCAACAGCCUACUGGAGACAGAAAGCACCUGUCCCAUGUGUUCUGAGAAGCUGACUGUGGACAAACUCAAAAAAAUAGCGGACCCAAGUCCGUACCUGAAGGUGGAUGAGAGAGAAGACUGAAGACCAGUGGAGGCUACGGAAGCUAGUUGGCUUGUAUUGAUUGACAUAGUAGAAUCUUUUUUGCAAUCAUUGACAUUUACACAUAAUAACAGACUUGUGGUACACCUCUGGGUAUUGUGUAGAAUGUAUGAAGGCUGUUCAAUAAAAACUUCCAGUUUUCUUAGGAGGCUGAAACUAUAAUGAGCAAUUUUAGCCCCUACCAUAAACCGGAAGCUGGUUCAGGGGACACCUUUGUCAAAAAGCCCUCGUAUUUGAAAGCACAAAAUUAUCAAUAUUCAUUUAUUGAGUGUUAUUCAAUUCUUUGUUGAACACCAGUCCCAUUGUACACAAAUGAGUACUUUAAGUUUGAUACAUACCCCUAUGCUCAAUAUGUUGAUAUGUUCAAUAUAAUUGUGAAAACUUCAAAUUUGAACUGUAAAUAUAGAAUCUGUAUGUAAGCUGUCUGUCAAACCACAGAAAUGCAAAAUAGAGACAAAAUGCAAAUAUUUGAUGGAAGAGAUCUCUUAUUUGUCAAAUCAACAAUCAACAUGCUGAUUGUGAUGGACAGUCAGGAUUAGUCUAAUAUAUGUAUAAUAGGGUGAGGUUUUUCUUUCAAUUGACAGCAAUACUGGAAUUUCUGUACAUUAAUUGAUAAGUUGAAAUAUGAGGUUGAAAGGUGAUAUUGAAUGUCCCAUAAUCAUAUUGCCUUUAGUGUUUUGCAUGUGCCAGUCUUGUCAUAGAUGUGACACACAUUAUGUUCUGUACCUGUAUUAGCACCAUAUAAUCACCUUCUUCUCAUCCAAACAGGCCACAUGUGUAACUUCUCAAAGUCUUGUGGUUGGACUAGUGGAAAGCAGUGAAUUACAUCCACACAAUGUACAGUAAAGUGUAAACAUGAUUUUAGGUUGAGAGGUAAAAAAAGUGGAAUUGUUUUAGUUGUCCUUUGAUUUAAAGUAAAGAACUUGAUGGAUAUUGUAUUAGAGUAUAGAAAUUUGUAUUAAUGUUGUAAAUUUAAAAUCACUUUGUAUAACAUUGAGAUUCAGAUAGUACAUUCAGUUUGUAUGUAGAUAUACUCUGUGGCUGCUAAUGUACUUCAGAAAAUGGUUAUUUUUGUUGUUUGGUGUGAAUAAAUUGAGAAUGUUCAACA